UGUUUAUUGCUUUGUCAGUAGAAUGUGUUAUAAUUUUAAGGUCGUGUAAAUUAAAACAAAAAAAAAAAAAACAAAAAUAGAAAAUUCUAAAUGAAAUUAUUUAAAAAUUUAUAAAGUUUUGAUUCACUUAAAGGACAAUGUUGAUGCAAUGCUUACAGAACCACGGUCGUUACAAAUUGGGCCAAUUAAUAAUUAGUUAUCGAACCCGACAUUUUUCAACAGGAGGCUAUAUGAAGAAAAAUGUAAAAUUACUUAACCAAACCAAUAGGCACAUUCUGCAAGCGAUACAGUUGCCGAAAUUGCCAUUGAUAAGAUAUACCGGUUACCGAGCAAAUGCAUCAACACAAAAAGUAAAAGUCAGAAGAAAGGAUAUGAUUCGUCUGAUUAGCUUAGCAAAGUCCGAGAAGCUAGUCUUGGCUGCGGCAAUAGGAUGUCUUAUAAUAUCGUCAGCCAUUACAAUGAGUGUGCCAUACGCUUUAGGUAAAACGUUGGAUAUUAUGUUCGACAAAGAUGACAAUCAAUCUAUGGUCAAAUUAAAACAUUUUUGUGCAAUUUUAUGUGGAGUCUUUGUUAUCGGCGGAUUAGCAAAUUUUGGACGUGUCUAUUUAUUUAACAGUGCCUCCCUGCGUAUCGUUCGCGACUUGCGUUUGAGAUUGUAUAGGUCUAUGUUGAAUCAGGAAAGUGCUUGGUUCGACCAGAAGGGUAGUGGCGAAUUGGUCAGUCGUCUAAACACCGAUGCUUAUUCUGUUGGGAAUUCUUUGAGUCAAAAUUUAUCCGAUGGCUUAAGGUCGAUUUGCAUGGUUUUAGCGGGAACCGCUAUGAUGAUAUAUACAUCCCCUCAGCUGACCCUAAUUGGUACGUGCGUAGUUCCCUGUGUAGGCGGUAUAGCGGUUAUUUAUGGACGUUAUGUGCGAACUAUCACUCGUACGUUAUUAGAUAAAUUCGCUGACAUUUUUAAAUCAGCCGAAGAAAGGUUAAGCAAUGUUAAAGCCGUAAAAAUUUUUUGUAAAGAGGAUUAUGAGACAAAUAAUUUCAAGAAUUUAUUAUCGGAUGCUGUAAAACUGGGCUAUAAGGACGCUAUGGCUAGAGCCAUGUUUUUCGGAUUGACUGGCAUGUCGGGCAAUGUUAUCAUAAUUUCGGUUUUAUACUAUGGCGGCACGCUUGUAGUCAACGAUAUUUUAUCAAUUGGAGAAUUGACUUCGUUCAUUUUAUAUGCUGGGUACUCAAGUAUAUCAAUUAAUGGACUUUCAAAUUUUUAUACUGAAUUAAAUAAAGGAAUUGGAUCGGCUCAGCGCAUUUGGGAUAUAUUGGAUCGUAAAUAUGAAAUACCAUUAAAUUUUGGUAUAAUGCCGAGCGAAAAACCGAAGGGUCAAGUAGUAUUUGAUAAUGUCAAGUUUUGUUUUCCGGCUAGACCACAGAAUAAAGUAUUAGACAAUUUUACGCUUGUUUUAAGACCAGGCGAGACAACCGCCUUAGUAGGUCGCAGUGGCUCCGGAAAAACGACCGUGGCUACCUUGCUUUUAAGGUUAUACGAUCCUUUAAAUGGCCGCAUUGCGUUAGACGACGUAGACUUAAGAGAGUUAAGUCCGAUUUGGUUGCGAUCUCAUAUAGGAGCUGUGAAUCAAGAACCCGUAUUAUUUUCUGGCACAAUACGCGAUAAUAUUUUAUAUGGUCUAAAUCCAAAUGCAAACUUCACUGAAUCCCAUUUCGAAGAAGCAGUUCACAAAGCACACGUUGAUGAGUUCAGUUCGCAACUGCCGGAUGGUCUUAAUACUUUAGUUGGUCAGCGGGGCGUGCUACUAAGCGGUGGCCAGAAACAAAGGGUAGCCAUUGCAAGAGCUCUAAUAAAGAAUCCCACUAUACUCAUAUUAGACGAAGCGACAAGCGCUUUAGAUUCAGUGUCUGAAGAAUUGGUACAAAAUGCUCUAGAUGAAUUGGCGAAAGGCCGUACCUGCUUAACGAUAGCCCACCGUUUAAGUACAAUACGUAACGCUAAUACGAUUGCAGUGUUAGAUAAUGGUCAUGUAAUCGAGCAAGGCUCCUACGAACAACUUAUUGCACAGAAUGUGGGCACUUUUAAAGAAUUGGUUAAAAAGCAAGCCUUUCUAAUGAAUUCAUGAUAAAAAAAUUGUUAGUUUAUGCUAAAUCGGUAUAAUGUAUGCUACGGGUUAUGUGUGUAAAAUGAAAAUACUAUUUUUUUUGGAUUUGACCUUAGAAUG